AUGCCUGGAGGCCUUGUAGUUUUCGCACCACGUGUACGACUAGCUGCAAAGUGGUUCAAAUGGGUUUUUCUUUUUACGUAUUUAUUUUUUAUUUAUUCAUUUGACAAAAAAAAAAAGUUAUUAUUCAGCGUGAAAGUGCAUCUUUUUAUUUGGAAAAUGAAUUCGUAUCAUUCGAUUUAUUUUUGAGAUGACGUUAGAGCUAAUGAAAUUGGUAUUGCUUCAAAAGGGAAAGAAAUGUAUGUUAAUGGGCCUGCUCCUUGAAAAUUUCUUCCUGGUCGUAUGAAUGUCAAAGCUUGGCAGUUUUUUUAGGUUUUGUUGGUUUGUGUGUUUGUGUUUUCGUUUGUUGUUCUUCUUGUUUAUUUUUCAAAUUCUCGAGGCAAAAUAGUGUAAACAAAAGCUUAAUUGUGUGAAAAUCGUUAAUAAGAUUGACUGUGUAUCCUUGACAUAUUUUUCAUACACUACAGAGUGUCUGCGAGUCCAGUAACGUGAACCCUUGCGGCGAAAACGGUAUCUGCAUCCCAAACUACUUCAUGAAGACCUUUACGUGUAAAUGUGACACUGAUUACAGAGGAAUACCAUGCGGUAAGUGUCGAAAACACGUUCCAAUCGGUAGACGUUGGACGCAGACGCAGACUAGAAAUCACAAAACUACGAUGCAAUGUAAAUACCCUCAACGCAACCUCUUACUGGCGUCAUCUUUUGCCUGUUAUGUCACUUUAGCGCAGUACCUAAACCGUGCCGGGAGGCUUUGCUGAAUAUACAGAUUGCGUUCAAACUUUGAAAUAGUUUGCCAUCUUGAGCAAUAGACCUUUUUACCGAUACGGCGGCCAUAUUGAAUUAAUUCGAUUUUAGGAGUAUUAUAGGGUGCCCAGGGGGCAUAAACACAUUUCGUUUGUAAUUUCGAGGGGUUUUCGGCACAUUUUUUCUUAAUGCUUUCUAAGAAUAAGAUUGUAAUGGGAAACAAGAUAGUUGUGCCGUGUUUGGAUACAUACAUACAUACAUACAUACGUUUAUUGACCACUUCCCCAAAGGGGCUUUUCAGUGCCAAUUACAAAGAAAAGGAUAAAAAUAAAAACAUAUACAAGUUAUUUAAAGUUACAAUUGCAAAUCAUUAGGAUAUCAUUCCUCCCUCUUAAAUUUGUCUAAAAGCACCCCUCUAAGCUUAUUCCUAAAACUAUUGACAUCAAUGCACAACUUAAUAUCAUUAUUUAAAUUAUUCCAGAUGUUAUAAUGAUCGCCGUUUUCCCGAGAAGUCUAUAGUGAAAGACCGUAUUUCUAAUACUAAACUAGAAAAAGGCGAUCAUUAUUACAUCCAAACACGGCACAAAGAUCUUUUUUCCCAUUACAUGCAAUCUUAUUCUAAGAAAACUUUAAGAGAAAAUGUCCCGAAAAAGCCUCGAAAAUACAAACGAAAUGUGCAUAUGCCCCCUGGGCAUCCUAUAAUACUCCUUAAAUAGAAUUAAUUCAAUAUGGCUGCCGUAUCGGUAAAAAGGUCUAUUUGUGCAAUUUUCAGACUUUUACAUAAGCACUUUCUAAUAAAAUUAUUGCAACUAUCAAAAACUGCGAAAUUGCUGGGUGACCGAAAGCGUUAAUGAGGCACGUAAUUUUUUUUUUCUUUGACGAGAGAGACCAAGAAUCAGUAGUCCAGACGUUUGGGCUGCAGUGACCUCAAAGUUUUGACGCGAUUCACGCAGAACCUCCUUUUCGCCUCCUACCCUCUCAAGAAGACAAGUACAGAUGGAGGCUCUGGACGGAGGGUGGUUAACCUUGAGUUACUUCGAAAUGUCAGCUUUUGUAGAUCAGUACGUCUCUGUGAUUGGCUAGCUUGUUUAUAGAGACGUCCCCUAUUUCCUUUGUUGUUCAAGGAUUAGUGAUUUUUACGGGAGACAUCUGCAUGCUGGCUAUGCAAUGGCGGCUAACUUCAGCUUUUUUUUCCUGCAUUUUUUUUUUCAGAUCUAGUUAUGAAAAGCUGUUCUCAGGUUGCUCAAAAUGGCUUCACAUCAAAUGGAGUGCAUUACAUUUUUCCAGAUGGUGGAGACCCAAUGGAAGUUCUUUGUGAUAUGACUACCGACGGUGGAGGUUGGACCGUCAUUCAGAGACGUUUAGACGGUUCGGUUGAUUUUUAUCUUGGAUGGGAGUCAUACAAAAAUGGGUUUGGAGAUGUAAACGGUGAGUUCUGGCUUGGAAAAGACAAUAUACACCGUUUAACGGCCACUCAUGAUGUCAUACUUAGAAUUGACAUGGAGGACUUUGACGGCAACAUAACAUACGCUGAGUAUACAACUUUUCAAGUGACUGACGAGGCGGAGAAAUACCGCAUUACGAUUGGUGGAUACAGCGGUACGGCUGGAGACUCGAUGAAAGUAAAGUAAGUAAAUAACAGACCGCUAGAAGAUGAUCUGAUCUAGACUUACAUGGAACCCUUAACACAUGAGCAUCAGCUUCCAUGUACUUGUAUGCAACAAUUCCAAAAUUCACCAGAUUGCAGACAAAGCAAUAAAGAAAUACGGAAUUAUGAAUAAGGAAAUAUGAAGUUAUUAAUUAACACGGAUUUGUCAAACAUUACUUUAAAACACGAAAAGACGCGGAUUAUAUGCCAGUAAAUGAGAAAAAUAAAACUGUUUACGAAACUGCCAUCCGGUUAGCACAGUUGGAUUAACGCCAGUCUGCAGAGCAGGAAUUCGUGGGUUCAAACACUGGCCAGACCAUCAAUCAGGGACUUAAAACAGCUAGUAAGGUUAUGCUAGCUGUGAUCAAAGAUCUUGUCUUAGUGAUCGCGUCACUGGUUGGUCACGUUAAGCCGUUGGCAUUGUGUCCUUUAUCCUUCUUUAUCAGUUGAAAGGGAACGCAAAAGAGCCCACAAUUUUUAAAAUAGUGACGAACGUAGACCCCGAUGAUGUAGUCAAGUUUCAAGGAGGAUUAAGGCAGUGCCUUCACCGGUCCCCAGCUACUUGCUUUACGCUUGUAUACCCUGCCAAGAAUUGGCGAGUCUACGUAGUCAGUCAAGCCGUCGGGGCUCACAGUAAAAAACAAAACAAACAACUGAUUGAUCCCCAAUUUUGUUUUAAGGCCACAAGAAGUUUUUGAUUUUUUUCCUCUUGUCUCUACAGUGGCAAGCAGUUUUCGACCAAAGAUGCCGACAAUGAUGUCUUGCAAUCGACUCACUGUGCUCAAAGCAAGAGGGGGCAUGGUGGUACUCUGGUUGUAGCCUGUCAAACCUUAAUGGGUUGUAUCAUAAUGGUGGAUAUAUACAGGGCGAUAUUGGAAUGA